AUGCCGAAGAGACACAAUGUUGUCGACCCCCUGGUGAUAAAUGACGAGAAUGAUCGCAUUCUUGAGUUGUGGUUUCGCGCCCGGGCCUUGGCGGAGUUUUGUGAGCAGCAUUCGCCGGCGGAUCACCUUUUUGUUGCAAAUAUUGCCGGCCAGGAGGGCCGAAAAACUCUGGCGGGCGCGCUGGACUACGCGGAGCGUGUACCUGAGGACAUCAAUGUCUGUCUCUUUCGCCGGAAGCUGACCUUGUCGCUCCCAUUUUUAGAGCAGCUUUGCAACACUUCUCACAGGGUGCAGUUGUACACUUGUCCACCGUCGCAAGAGAACCGGGACGGGGCUGCAGCUGUGGCUAUCAAGCCUGGGAAAGCAGCGACCAAGAAAGACCGCGCGAGAAGAGAGGAGGAGUUGUUUGCAGUUGAAGACGCAGAUCAACUCUUUUUGCUGAGCUUUGAUCUCAUUGAUCUUUUAACGUCACCGUUGAUGCAGCACUCGGUGUCUGUGCCACCGGAAGCUAUGUUACAGGAUUGCAUUAUUGAGCUUCGUUGCGGCACCCCGUUCUUGCCGCCUGCCAAACUAAAUAAAUACCGCCCGCUGAAAAUUGAGGUUCGCACCAUUUGUGAUCUUCCCGGAACAGUGAUUCAGCACGACUCACUUUUCGUGACGGUGCGGUUUGCCGGCUUCGAGCUUCAAUCCCCCGAGCUGGAGGUGGCAGUUGACGGCAAAGUAACAUUUCGUCGGGUGAAGUUUUUGGGGACACAGUCGCCUUUGGAAGUCUAUCAGGACGUCUUCUUUCGAAGAAUGGAGGUUUCUGUGUUUAGGGGAGCGAGGAUGUGCUUGGGCACCGGGACGGUGCAGUUGCGUGCGGCCGCAACUGACCAACAAUGCGAGUUUAGCGAACUGGUGUUUCUUUUGCCUAGUCGCACCACCAUUACUCGGGACAACAAUUGUCUCACACAAGGGACGACAGUUUCCCUGCACGUGGAUUUUUUCAUCCCACUGCCUCGUCCAGUGCAUGUCUUAAGCGAUGGUCAGCCUGCACACGGUCAUUUUCUCACUCGUGGUGUUAUACGAAUGCCGUACAUGGCGAAAUGGGUGCCCAGUGUGUUAGAGGCCUUUAUCGCCGCAACUCUGCAACUGAAGAAGGCAGGUGAGGGGAGCAACAUUUAUCAGUAUGAGUUACCUGAACCAGAGCCCGAGGUUCUACCUGUAAAAGAAAAGAAGAAAGAAAGUGCCAAAUCUCACAAGGCUCAGUCGGUGCCUCCCCCUCGUCCACCUUCACCACCAUCAGCGUUUGAGACUCAAUUUAAGAUUGUGUCACCGCCUGGCAUUAGUGGGUUUGAGGUGAUGGACGAUAACGUACGGAUCAUUUGCAUAGAGGGUCUAGCUGUGGAAGUCCAUAAAGUUUUUCAACGGCUAAAUGAUGUAGCCGGCCACAACCCCCAGUUAGAGCUGCUGAUGAAUGCCGAGUUAUUUGUGCCUAGUCGCGCCUACACCGUUUUUCCACCACUUGUAACACUACCAAAAAUAGUUAAUGCCGAUACGUUGAAAAUGGGUAUUGAAAAUGGAAUAGACUCUGCCGAUGAGGCAGUGCUCAUGAACGUUAGUGAAGGUCAUGUUUUGGGUAAAGUACCAGUCGGGGCUGCGUCUGAGGUCCUUGCCAUGCCUUUAUCUGUGUCUUGUAAAAGGCCCACAGAAAGUUCAGGAGACGUGUUUGACGCUGCUGAAGCAGAGGGUGGUGGUACAGGAGGCCGCAUUCAUCGCAUACGCAUUAGAGAAACUAUUGGAUCCCUUGCAUCACAGCAACGCUAUCUACUACGAAGGAUGCUUUCUGAAGUUUGCAUUAGCUGCUACACAAAGCUUCGUGCGAUAUGUGAGUGUUCGUCACUUCGUACUAUUCUUGAACGAGACUUAUUUCCAACUUCAGAGGAGCUCAUAGCGCUGGAGCGAUCUUUUGGUGUUGCAUUGGAACUUUGUGAUGUGUUUGGAAAACAAGAGUUUGUCAGUGUGUUACUGAAGGAGGAGGCUGUCAGUUUUUCAAAUUCUACGACUGUAGUAUCGAUAGAAAGCUCUUGUUUACCUGUUAGACUGAACGCGUUGCAAUCGACGGAUGUUGGUAAGAUGGUUUCCUUUGAGGCUACCAAAGUGAUGUCUUCCAGACGACGGAUUCCUGCAUGUGUGCAGCAGCGGUAUCCAGGCGCGUGUUGGUUGGUCACGACUGACACCAACACUAAGGUUCUGUGUGCCUUUUCCGUUGGUGCUCAACCCAAGGAUACAAUUCGCUAUUUUGUGGAGGCGCAAGUAGUACGAUGUGGCGAUAUGUUUUGCCUGUAUCCCUUGGCUUGCGACUCACUCGCAAAAAGUUACACGGAUUCACGCAAUCCGGUAUAUGAGACUUACCUUAAGGCAUUGCGAACACAACAGAUGCAGAUCUAUUCAAAUAAGGAACAGAGGACAUUGUUAACUUCGACACCCUCUAUCAUCGGCAACGGACCCCUUAGUGAUGAAUCUGACAGUAGUAAAGACAGUGAUGUCUUAGUGAACCCUCUACCACGUGAAGUGCCUGCGAUCUCACACCCCGUUAUGACGGUUAGGAAGGACAUGAUCGAUAAAAGCCAAAGACACGUUCAGUUAAGAGCCAAGAAAGUGCCAAGGCUGACAGCAGCUGACUAUGCACUAUGUUGGGAGUUGUAUCGGCAGAGGGCCCCCACUGUUUCCUCGAAGCCACCCAAAGGCCCACCGAUGCACUUUUAA